UGUUGCUGAUGCUGAUGCUGUUGGUGUCGCUACGCGUGUGCGCGGUUGUUUUGCAUUUUGUGCAUAUUUCCGAACAACAAUGCAAAAGCGGAGAUGUAAUUAACAUAAUCCCGCAAAUAUUCAAAAAAGGCAAAUAACCCUUCUUACCAAUCAAACAUUGCCAUCUUACCAUCACUUCAUCCAUUUUUUGAAUCACAUACUAGGCAGGCACUACAAGAUUGCCUUUUGCCCCCUUUUUUUCUCAUCCGACAACCACAAAGAUUGAACAGAAUAUGGUCAUUACUAUUUCAACGUGCUUGUAAAAAAUCACAAUCCCCGCCAGCUUAUCAACUUGCAAAAUGAGUAGCAACAACUUCCGUUCUUCUGAGGCUGGUCCAUCAUCAAAAAGACCAGGAAUGCAUAUCAACCUGCCAAAGCCACCCAAAAGGAGAAAAACACCAAGAGCAUGCGAUUAUUGUCGAGAACAUAAAUUACGUUGUGACUUUUCCCAUGAACUUACAACCGCUGAAGGUCAGCCAGUAUGCAAACAUUGCGCUGAUUUCGGAAUCGAAUGUAACCUUUCUUCUCCGUCUGAACGAAGAAGGGGUUCAGUAUUACAUUUGGAGGGCUCUUCACUUUCUGCUCCCGAAACUUCUCCUUCUGUUUUAUGGCAAGUCGACGAAAGGGAAAUAACCGAUGCGAGAUAUUCAGGUGAAUCUUCCCUUUCUGCAAUCAUUUCUCAAUUCAUCGUAAUGGUUGGUGGAAGAGAGCAACAAUUACGUUCCGUUCAUAGACAACUGAACGCAGAUGGUGUUCAGCCUACAGGUUAUGAUAACUUUCUGUUGCUUCCUCUAAUACGGUAUCCGCCCCCUGCUGAACCUGGAGAGAAGAAGUUAAUUCACGCAAAAUUGGAUCGCGAUACUAUUAGACUUCUAAUAGAUCAUUACAUAGAGUAUCUUCAACCACUUAACGCUGUCGUUACCAAGAAUGAAGUCUUUCAGUUGGUAGAUCUAGGCCAAAGUGAAACGCCAAUAACAAAACUUUCCGGUUUAGCAUUGGCCGUCUUGGGUGCUUCUGCUAUGUUUCGUGGUAUGCCGAAAUUCACAAGAGCGGCACUCUUAUUCCAUCUUCGACAACGCAGGACAGCAAUUUUUCGGACAUCUCUUGAAACAGUGCAAAUGUUGAUCAUCUUGAGUCAAAAUAUCGAAUUGAUGGCUCCCGAUACAAAUGAUGCUGCUGGAAUGAGUUUGAACUUGACUGGCCUUGCUGUUCGAAUGGCGCAUGAUCUGGGUCUACAUCGUGAUUUGACAAGUUUAGGAGUUCCUCCUGCCAAAUUACGCAAAAUGGCAAGAAUAUGGUCCGCUCUGGUCAUUCAAGAUAGAUGGUAUGCACUUUGUUAUGGACAGCCAAGUUUGAUUCAUUUGGAAGAUGGUGAUGCUGCAGAACCUUCACAAUACGAUGACGAAGAUGAACCAAGAAAGAUUCAAGCCAACAUUCACGCUUCCGGUCGACCUCCAAAUCAAACCCAUAUUGCCCAUUACAGAAUUGCUUUGCUUGUUGGACGAUUGCAUAAGAUCGUCUUUGGACCUAAAGGCUUACGUCCUUCUUCUUUCAAAGAAUUCAGAUCUAUUGUUGAGGAAAUCAAUGAAUGGAAGGCCACCCUUCCGCCUGCUCUUUGGUUCAAUUUGCGCUCCACCCAACCUCCAACGGUCGAAGCUGGGUUCUUGUAUUCCCUUCGUGUUUGUAUGGACUUUUUGAUCUAUCGUGCAUGUUUAAGCCUUCCACCUGAUCAAAAGAACAUUCAAAGGCCUGACGUUUGGUCCGUUCUCGUUCGUGAUUCAGCAGAUGCAUUGGAAUGGCUUGCAAGUUCUGAUGGUUUACGUUGUUUGGAUUCUUAUUCGAUCGUGAUGUAUUUCAUGAUUCAGUGCAGUAUCAUUCACUUUUACGAGUCAAGCAGAGGUGGAAGCUUGCAUAGCUUACGUGUCGCCAGACAAUGCUUGCAAAAUCGUGGUACAGUUGCUACUCAACUUGCAUCUCGUCGUGGUAAUGUCUAUGAUCCAUAUGGAGAACAAGAUCAAGAUUCAGAAGAAGCCUCGACGGGAGGCAAACGUGGAAACCAAUCAGUAUCGCGAAACGGUCGACCUGGUUUGCAAAAUACAUCGCCCUCGCCUGAAUCGGCUGGAGGGCCUCCAAGAUUGUUGCGAUUACGUGUAAAGAUUUCUGCUUUGGUCAGUAUGUUGCUCGAAGUAGCAGAACAUAGAAGGGCGGCAGUCUUAGCACGUAACGAACAAUCUGAUGCUCAAAACCACAGGCGUAGAAUUCAACAACAAUCUUCUGAGAGUUCACACGCACGAUAUGGUAAUGGUAACAUAUACUCGUCCAACGAUCAUAACAACGCCUCGCCAAAUCCGGCCAACGGAAGACAUCCUUCUCAAACUCCUCAUGCCAGACAACAUAGUGCACCUUCCCAUCAUUCGUCUCCAACGCAAAACCAUCCGACAGUAAGCUCUGACGGAAGUAGCGGGUCUCAUCAACCUCGCUCGGACCCUGCUUUUCAUUCAAAGGAGCAUCAUAUGCGUAUGCAUGGCAGAAUGAGUGAACAUGAUAAGCAAGGUCAAUCUCCACAACAAAGCAUGGCAAUCAUGCCACCGGGUGGAGUGAUUUAUUCUACAAAUCAAUCUGAAGCUGGUGAAAGCGUUCGUGGUAGUCUAAACGAUUCUUCUUCAAUGGCUUCUCUUUCGCCGAACAACAUUGAAGAUCUAGAUUUGAUGACUUUGCAACGUUGGGCAGAUGCACUUCUACGAAAUCCAACUUCGUUCGAACAACAACAGCAUGCCAUUAAUGGUAGAAAUUUUGCAGUUUAAAUUUCUUUAGUAUUUUGUACUUAUAUAUUUAUAUUGUUGUCUCUGACUAAUCAUAUUGACUUUCAUGCUCUC